AUGCAGGGCAGGACGCCCAGACCCCCUGCCCCGUCCAACCCAUGGGAAGACAGAACACGGCGCCCCGUCCCCCAGGGAUGGGCCGUUGUGCAGACACCGGAAGACGUGCGCCAUCCUUCGACGGGGCACGCGGCGCCGGGCUAUCCAGCCUGUGGACCUUCGAUUACGCCUCUUUUCGCCCCGGCAGCGACAGGUGUCGGCCCGCGUCCAUUUUGCGCGGAGGCUUUUCUCUCCGUAGGGCCGGUUGACAGCCAUCGCAACAGCAGCGCAGGGUCGAUUCACCAGCACGACUCGGCAGGCUCUGGCCUCUUCCACGGCGACGGCGCAGGAUCCCCUCCGGCAGUUGCGCCGGGGGAGUCAGGAAGCGGCCGUCCUCUGCGUCCUCAGAAGUCUCUGGGCAGCCUUCGCACCUCAACGUCUGUCCCGCACUUCUUCCACUCGAAAGCUGCGUCACUUUUGAAGAAGAAGCGCGAGGGACACGAAACGACGCGCCACGGCGUGACGCGCGAGGGAGGUUUCUGGGGCGAGCUGGAAGACGAAGACGACGAGGCGGAAGACGAGAAGGAGAAAACGUCAUCGCCUCGUCCACCGAGCACUUUUUCGGUUCCACUGCUGGUCGUGGCCAGUCCGUCGCGUGCGGGCCCGUCGCUUUCUCUGGGCGGGUUGUCGGGGACGCCGAGUCCGCCGUCUUCGCACCGGAGCGCGGAAGGCAGUACCCCUGCCCAGUCCGGCUCGGGACAGUCAGGGGCAGCCGGCAAGAGCGCGUCCUCUGGGCUCUCUCUGCGUCGCAGUUUCUUCCAGAAGUCCGCAGGGCGCACGCUUUCUUUGCUCGGGAGCGCUGGCGGCAGCUGCCCGGACUUCUUUGCACAGAACAAAGGCGUCUCGAAUCUCUCGCCUGCCGCCAGUGUCGCCGGCGAGAACGACUCGGUAGCCUCUUCGUCCUCUGUGGGGAAAGACCUCUGUCUCUUGGGCGGCGGCUAUGAAGAGAGUCCGCCGAGCUCGGUCCCGACGCUCUCCGCUGCAGGUGUUCCACCUGGCGUCCUCCAGAAUAGGUUUGGCGGCGCGUCGGGCAUGCGCCAAGUCCAGAGCUUCCCUUCCCUCGCAGGUUUCCAGUCGCCCGCGGAGCCGUCCCCUAGCCCGCCUCCCAGUCUUUCACGCAUCCAAGCUUCCGAGCUAGAGCAGACCGUGGGCACCGAGCUGGGCCCGUCUUUGGCGGCGCACCGGCGCCGGGCGGCGGGGGAAGCUGUGCCGAGUCCUGCGUGGCCGUCUUCGCAUGCCUCUUCCUCCUCCUCCGCGCUGUCGUCUGCGGCUUCCUCUGCUCCGCCGCAGCCGCAGCAGUCUCGACACAGCGUGAACAUCAGCGCCAUUUCGCGGCGCCUCUCCAUGCUCAAGCUUCGGGCCUCCUCUGCCGCCUCUUCUGCCGCGCCGGCUUCCUCCGGCGCCAAAGGCGGAAAAGCGGCGGAGGCUGGCGGAAGGCAGCGGUCUGCGGCGGAGGACGCGCGUGACACGAGCGGCCUUUUUGUCUCGCGAAAAGGGAGCGACUUCGGAUUCGACGUCAACGCUCUGCGAGUGGGAGAGGUCUCUGCGGUGCCCGAGGAAGUCAACGGCAACGACGAAUCAGGCGGGUCCUCGGCUGAGUCUGAACAUUCUGUGGACGAAGGCAUUCGCAGGCGCCGCCGGCCGUCGCAUACCCUUUAG